AUGUCGGAUCACGAGGAAAACGGCUCCGAUGUGGGCUUCAAGACGCCUAUCCCUGAGCUGGAUGACCACAGACAUCAACCACCCUCUUCACAGCAACAUGAGCGGGUCCGUCGAGGUACCUUCGAUUCGCUGUACGGUGCUCGUCUUCUGGCCGCCGACGAUGAUCAGGCACCGGACAAUUCCAAAAAUCGACUAAAAAGCUCAGAGGAGGCAAUCUUGGACGACGAGAUCGAUCAGGCAUCACCCACUACCCGGCGCCCUCGGCGGCCUACGGUGGAGACUAUUGGCGAGCAGCGUUCGAUCUCGCCUCCCAACUCUGUCAAGGCCUUUGCCGAAGCUCGCCGUCGCGAACGUGAGAUGUCGUUUUCGGAACCGAGACCUGAGGAAACUGAACUACAUCGAGCUAUUUCCAUUGCCAGUCGUCGAAGCAGGCCGCGCACUGUGGAUGAUGACGCCGUCAGUAUGGACUCGAAUCACACAGCCGAGGAAGACGUUUGCUUUCCACUUCAGGACAAGGGCAGGAAGGAUCAGUUGUACAUUGAUUUCGACUACCUGGAGAACUUCUUGCAGUCUGAGUCUGCUGCACGUGCUCUCAGCAAACAGGAGACUGUGGACAGAAGCUUUGCGGAUUUACGACCCCAAGAAAAACCCACUCUGGCUGACGAGUUAAGGGCUCCUCAGCAGCCGUCCAUUGAUAAGAACCGUUUCAGCUUCUUCUCCUCGGCUUGGGAGUCCACCAUCCAUGCUCAAGACUUUGGUGACCUGGUUCUACCAGGAGAGGAUGUUCGGGGGUUGUUUGCUUUGCCGCCAAACGAAUCAGACGGUGUCUGGUGGCUCAAUGUCAACAACCCAACAAAAGAAGAAGUCCAAGCCAUUUGCAAGGCAUUCGGGAUCCACCCUCUUACGAUUGAGGAUAUCACCACUCAGGAGGCGCGCGAAAAGAUCGAGCUUUUUCCUUCCUACUACUUCGCGAGCUUUCGCUCGUUUCAGACAGUAGAAGAAGACGAUGGGCAAGAGUAUGAGCCAUUCAAUAUCUACGUUGUUGUGUUCAGAGAAGGGACUUUGAGCUUCAGCUUUCAACCAAAUGCUCAUGCUUCCCACGUUAGGAAGAGGAUUGCUUUGUUGAAGGAUUAUGUUGCUCUCAGCAGUGACUGGAUUUGUUACGCGAUGAUUGACGACAUUGUUGAUUGCUUUGCGCCAAUCAUUCGAAAGAUUGAGCUGGAGGCUGACUCGAUUGAAGAUGAAGUCUUCGUCAUUCGCGAAGGCGAUUCAAGCGUCUUCUUGCGGUCCAUCGGGCGAGUGUGCAAGAACUGCAUGGCAUUGAUGCGUCUGCUUGGAGGAAAGGCUGACGUACUCCGUGGUUUCACCAAGCGCUGCAACGAAAACUACAAGGUGACACCUCGGAUGGAUAUUGGCUUGUACCUCGGCGAUAUACAGGAUCACGUGGUCACGAUGGUCACAAACCUCGGACACUUCGAGAAGAUCCUGUCUCGUUCUCACAGCAACUACCUUGCACAGCUAUCCAUCAACAACAUUGCACAGGGAACAGACACCAACCGGGUGCUGAGCAAGAUCACAUUUCUUGCCUCAAUCCUGGUGCCGAUGAACCUCGUAAGUGGCUUGUUCGGCAUGAAUGUCCGCGUGCCUUUCCAGGAUGGUCCGAACGUGAUUCCAUUCUUCACCAUUAUGGGCAGCCUGUUCUUCUUCUGUAUCGUCAUCUUGGUAUGGGCUCGCAGAGCCAGGUACAUAUGA